AUGGCAACAAAACCACAGGGCGACAUAUGCGUCGACUGCCAGGAGCGUGACGCCAGCCUAGACAUUAGAAACCGGCGCCUGUGUGCUCCAUGUUUCAUCCGAUAUGUAAACUCCAAGAUCCUCAAGCGCAUGGAGUCCUAUCGAUUCAAAAACCUUGCUGGAGAUCAGAAGCGCCGGUUGUUUCUCCCUCUCUCCGGGGGCGUCUCGUCUCUUGUUUUGCUACAGGUCCUCGAUGCGCAGCUGCAGAAGCAGAUGGAGAGCCGCAAUAAAACUGCUUACGAGCUUGUCAUUGCCCGCGUCGUGCUCCCUGACACGGAGACUCAGACAGAGGCAGAGGGCCAGUAUCAGCAAGUGAGCGAAAGAUUUCCUUUGCACAAUUUCCUCCCACUGCUGCGUCUGUAUGACGUCUUUCGGCUGGACGAGAAUAUCCAUCAAGACCUCAUUCACCUUGGGAUCCAUCGCCAGGAAACCGAGUCACACGACGAGUUCUCGCGCCGUGUGCUCUCCUGUGCGACAUCCGUGACCGCACGGGCAGACUUGCAAUCCAUUCUUCUACGGAGACUGCUGGUGUCCCUCGCCAGACGGCAGAACUGCGAGGGCGUGCUCUGGGGUCAUUCGGAUAGUCGGCUGGCAGCCCUUGCACUCGCAGAUGUUGCGAAAGGUAGAGGUGGGUCAGUCCCUGCAACCAUCGCUGAUGGGCCGUCUAUGCACGGGAUCAACUUUAAUUAUCCCGCCCGUGACCUGUUCAAGGUUGAGCUUCAAACCUACGCACGAGCUUUGCCGAAUCCUUUGGUGGCAGAGUCGAAGAGCGAUAUGUCCGAUCGGGUGGCGCCUACGAUCCGCAAUACCUCCAUUGGCGACCUUCUCACCAACUAUAUCAAUGAGCAGGGCGUGAAAUACCCUAGUAUAAUGGCAAACGUGGUGCGAACAGCGAGUAAAUUGCAAGCUCAAGCCACCGAUCAGGAGACGAACGCUUGCCCGGUCUGUGUCAUGCCAACGAUGAGAAAUCCCAACAGUUCACGGGGGAAUACAGUUCUUUGCUAUGGAUGUGCGAGGGUGAAGCAGGAUAUUCGAGCUUGA